AUGGAUGAUAAAAAAUUUAAUAAGAUAAUGCUUAAUGUUAUGGAAAAUUUAUUAGAUAAAGAUGUUGAGAAAAUUAAGUAUUAUUAUCGAAACAAAAUUGGUGAUGGUGUUCUUGAAAAGAUUAAAACUUCUAUUGAAUUAAUGAAUACUUUAGAUCAUCGUAAUAUUCUUUCAAAAGAUAACUAUAAUAAAUUUGUAAAACUUCUUAUCAGUAUUGGUAGACAUGACCUGGCUAAUUCUUUUUCUGAGAAUUCUGAUGCAAAAAGAAAUAAGAUGGUUGAAAGAAGACUUCCUCGUGGUUGUGUAUUUGUAUUUGAUCUUAAAGAAUAUGGUAAUUGUAAAAAUAUUGAUUACGACUUAUGCCACAAGCAAGAUAAUAGUUCAUCUAGCAGUUAUAAGAAACUCGAUUGGAAAGUUCAAGAAAUUAAUGGCAUGUUGUAUAUUAAAGUACAAAAUUUAUUUAUUAAAAAUGAAAAAAUCAAGUUUACUUUUUCAUUUGAAAAAAAAAAAGAUUUUGCUAAAGUUACAAUUCCAGGAUUUUGCAAAUAUGAGUUUGAUUAUAACGGAAUUAUCAUUGCAACACCUGAACCAGUUUUUAAUAAUGAAUUUUGUGAUAAUAAAAGAACGUCAGAUACUUUAGAUUGGAGAGAGAAACGAGACAUGCCUUAUAAUAAACCAAUAGAAAUGUAUGCACUAGACUACUUUAACAGAAAUUUUCAUGAUUGCAACGAUGCUGUUUUUGUUCCUUUAUCUUCCACUGAUAAAAAUACUUGUUAUUUUGUUGCUUUAAAAUUUUUUGAUUUGUUUGCCAGUAAAAAAGGUAUUCGUGCUGUUUUGCUUGGUUACCCUUUACGCGAGCAUGCAUCUUUAUUUUAUAAAACUGAAAAAAUUAAAAUUUGUGGAGAUGAAAAUAGAAUAGUGAUUUUUUAUUUUGAACUUAACCUUGUUCUUAUUGCUCGCAUUGCACAUUCAAAAGAUUGCAUCAAAGUGGAAUCUGAAAAUUGUUUAAAUGAUAUCAAAUUAUUUGUUAUUGUUAACAAACCUCUCGCUGAAAAUAAAGCAUUAAUUAUAAUAGGAAUUGUGGUUGUACCUUUAUUUGAGCGCAAAUUAAUAAAAAAAGAAUUAUUCGUUCAAUUCCCAGAUAAUUUUGAUUUAAAACAAAUUUUAAUAUUAUGUAAAGAUGACAUUGAAAAUGAAAGAAAUUUUUUAGAUUGGUGGAGAUCAAUUGCUGAAUACUGUAAAAAAUACUUAAAAAAAUGCGAGGAGAAUAAAGAAGAGUUUUUUAAACAACUUAUAGGAUUAACUAUAAUGUAUAUGGCUGAAGUUGACCAUUGUUUACCCACAUUAGAGUCCAAUCCACAAAAACAAAUCACAACGUUACUUCUAAACUAUGAACAAUUAAAAGCAAUCUAUGAUUAUGAACUUAAAAAAAUUAUUACUGGAGGGUAUGGUUCAGGAAAAUCUAUUGUUGGGAAGGAGAUUGUCAAAAAUUGUUUAAGGAAAAAGACAGAAAUUCCUAUUACUCUAUAUUAUAUAUGCUGCAAUUAUUUUUCUUUGUUUGAAUUUGAUAUGAAAGUGUUUGUUAAAAAAAUUAAGAAAGCCUCUAAUGUUGAUGUUAUUUGUAAUAAUUUGUAUGAGUUAUGGGAAGAAAUGUGCAAAACUAAAAAUAUUUCUGAAAAAAAAGUUUUUCUUCCAACAUUACUAGAAUAUUUGGCUUCUAAAAAGAACGAAGUAAAUUUUGUAUUAGAGGAAAUGUCUUGUGAACUUGUUACAAAUGAAGUGGCAAUUGAAUUAAAUAAGCUAUUUUUAUCUGUUUUAAAAAACUCUUUAAUUGUUUUUAUACCUGAAAGUGUUGAGAAAAAUCGAGAAUUGAUUAUAGAAGGUGAAAUAAAUUCAAUAGAAAAUAAUUGUUUCAUCGAAAAUAAAUUAAACAUGAAGGUCAUAACUCUCCAGAAGCUAAUGAGAUCAACAGAGUGCAAUACUUUAUUAAUAGGCUUUACUCAAGAGUUAAUUUCUAAAUCUAAAUCUAUUUUAAGUCUUCCAAACUUAGACAAGAACAUAGCAUUAGAAAAAAAUACAGAAUAUAAGUUGCUUGAAAGUAAAGAUUUAACACAUGGUUAUACAGUUAAUUCUAAAGAAGACAAUGAGAGUAAAUCGAAAUUAAAAGGUGGUGAAACAGUUGAAGACAGCUUCAAAAUUACUGGUGACAAGUUUGAUGAUAUAGAUUUAGGACUUGGAAGUACCUCCACUUCAGAUUUAUCGAAGUCUGAAUCUGUUACAAGCUUUUUAAAUUUAGACAAAAACAUAACAUCAGAAGAAAAUGCAAAGUAUAAAUUGCUUGAAAGUAAAGAUCCAACCCAUAAUUAUACAGAUAAUUCUAAAGAAGAUGAUGCUAGUAAAUCUAAACUAAAAGAUGGUAAAACAGCUAAUAAUAAUUUUGAACUAACUGGUAAUAAAUUUUUAGAUACUGAUUUAGAUCAUAUGUUAAAGAAUGUAUCAGGCAGAAAUUAUGAUUUAGAUCCAAAUACUCAUGUGAAAACCAGUUAUGGUUUUAAAACAGGUACAAUAGGGCACUCAAUUAAAGGAGAAAAACCCAAGGUAAUAUUUUUACCUUUUCAUGAUAUCACAGAAAUAAAUUCUGUAAAGAUUUUAUCCAUUGUUUUUAGGGUUCUUUGUUUUAAUGAAUUACGAAAAACUGUUGUUUUAUGCAGCCAUUUAGAUGAAGUGGCAUCAGUUGCAUAUGCAAUAAAAACAAUUGAAAAUUAUGAAGCAGUAAUUUAUUCACCCCAUAUGCAAAAAUAUAUACCAACUUAUAAGGAAAAGUCUCAUGUUAGAAAAAAAUUAAAAAAAACAGGCUAUAACAUUCUUGUAACUGACUGUAAAGGAUUCUCUGGAGCUGAAUCUGAAUCUGUAAUUGUGCUUGUGAGUCCAGAAGACAUUUAUCUUCGACACGUUCUUGUAGAUGCUAUAUCAAGGUCUAAUUCACACCUAAUUGUUUUGGUUUUAGGUUCUAAAGAUAUUAAAGAUAAGAAUAUGUCUUUACAUGAAAAUGAAACUAUUAAAAGUGUGUUAAAUAAUUGGUCAGAAAACAUGAUUCAAAAGAUCACAGUUCAAACAAGAAAUGAUAAACAUCAACUAUGGGAACUAUCAGGUUGCUAUUUUUAUAUAAAUGAUCAGACUGAAGAAUUUUUGAACUGUAAGUUUAAAGAAGAUUUUGAUAACACUAAGGCAGAACGUUGCUUAAGAAUUUUUACUGAAAGUUAUUCAAUGUAUGAUAAUGCAGCUUAUGAGUUGACCAAAUUAGUAAAAACAAAGCAUAUGAAAGGAACAAAUGUUCAAGUUCAAUUAACUUCUACAGUUAUUGAUGAAAUUGCUACUUUAAUUGGACCUGAUUGGUACAGUUUUGGAUGUCAUGCUGGCAUGGAGAUUGAAGUCCUUAAAAACAUUGAGCAUGAUAAUAAAACUGCUUACGAUAAAGCCUUGAGCAUUUUAAAUAAAUGGAUUAAAAUUAAUGGAGUUGUGAGAUGGGAAGAGUUAAAAAGUUGUCUAGAAAAGUUUCAGAAAAAUAAUAUAAUAGUUGCUAUUGAAAAAAAAUUCGGAGAUAGUUCAAUUUAUAGGUUUGAUGAUAAAUUAACAUGGCACAGUUGGUUUCGCAUUUUAUCACAAAGUCAGAGCUUAAGACAAACGUACAAAAAAGCUGGUUCAUAUCGCUGGGAUGAAAAUAGAUCAUUUCAUCGACGUGAUGAUACAUCAUUCCACUAACUCAAUGAUGUAAAAAAAAUUGGUUAUUUAAGGAUGAAAUAUAGGUGAUUACAAUUUUUGAAAUAAAUGAUAUAAUAUUGAAUUUAGAUAGAUAAAUGGACGAUUUUGUAUCUGUUAAAUCGUAUAACUGGGUUUGACAAAGCACACCGGAUAAUCCAGUAAUUCUAGUACCUGGUAAACCCAAGUAUAUUUAAGAAAGUCUGCGAUUAAAGAAAGUUUGCAAUGAAAGUAAAUAUUAUAUGAGUAAGCAUCCUAUGGAACCUAUGUUUCAAGCUGUUUUACUGUGUACUCCUGAAUACGAUUUUAGCUCGCUUGAUUUGAUAACUGAAUGUAUCAACUAACGUUAAUUAUUCGAGUUUGUUGAAGGCAACUUAUAUGUUAGGUAUUAUACGUGUAAUGUGUCAAGCUUAAGUAGAUUGCGUUGAAAAAAAUAGUUGUUCAGUUCACGUAGAUUUACUGCCAAAAAAAAAACGAUUUAUUAAAAACUUUAAUUUAAUGCUGAUUGGUGGAGAUUUUAACGGUCAAAAAUAUGCAAAGUUUGUUGACUUAAAGGUGAGUUUCCACUUAUCCAUUUUUUCACGGGAACGAGAUAGGAAAGGAAAAAAUAAUCACGUGAGCAUGCGUAAUUUUCCUUUCCCGUUCCCGUAAAAAAAACGGAUAAGUGGAAACUCACCUUAACAACAAAAAGUAUUUAUUAGGAAUUUCCUCAACAUAAAUGGAAUCACUUAUUAUUUUUUAACAUUGGCACUAUGGUUUUUGGUUGGCAUGAAAAGGGGGUUUUAAAAAAUUGAAAAGAUUUAUUUUAAAGUGUCUGAAAGAUGUGAUCGUAAAAAAGAGGAAUAUCAACGAUCUUUAGGGAAGUUAUGUUCUUUGACAACAUUAAUAAACGUUAAUUGACGGUUUACAACAGUUCUAAUGUUUUGACCCCUGCUUUAAAGAUGAGAGUUUUUAAAUUAGUAUUUUUUUUUUUUUUACGAGCAAUUAUUUUGUUUGUGUUAAAUAUGUUUUUAUAUUA